AUAGUCUUAGGAAAAGUCCUGAGUGCAGUGGGCAGUGCACAGUUACUAAUGUCACAGAAGUUCCAGCAAUUCCACGGCCUCUGUGAGCAAAACUUGAACCCUAAUGCCAAUCCCAGACCCACAGCCCAGGACCUAGCUGGGUUUUGGGAUCUCCUGCAAUUGUCCAUUGAAGACAUCAGCAUGAAGUUUGAUGAGCUGUACCACCUGAAAGCUAAUAGCUGGCAAUUGGCAGAGACACCGGAGAGAAAGGAAGAGAAGAAACCACCCCCUCCAGUGCCAAAGAAGCCAGCCAAGUCCAAAUCCCAGCUGAACCGGGACAAAGCCUCUGAUUCAGACAAGCAGCGCCAGGAAGCUCGCAAGCGUCUCAUGGCAGCCAAGCGGCCUGCCUCUGUCCGCCAGAACUCGGCCACAGAGAGUGCAGAUAGCAUCGAGAUCUACGUACCCGAGGCACAAACCCGCCUUUGAGCAAAGAGGCAGAGGAAGGAACCAUGUGGUUUUUAUAAGUCAUUAAAAAGAAAAAAAAGGUUCUCUCUAAACUAGUGUGAUUUAUUCAGUCUAGAGACAAUGAGCCAUCCUUGAAAAGGGCUCCUGAGUUGGCUUUUUUCUCUCAGCUUUAAGUAAUGAAGAUUUUAA